AUGUCUUCCCAGCAGCAACAGCAACAGCAGCUGCCCCCGAAGAUCCAGCAGCAGCAGGUGAAACAGCCCUGUCAGCCACCACCUGUCAAAUGUCAAGAGACGUGUGCAUCCCAAACCAAGGAUCCAUGUGCUCCCCAGAUCAAGAAGCAAUGUCCACCCAAGGGCACAUCUGUCCCUGCCCAGCAGACAUACCCCUUGGCCCAGCAAACCCCCAAGAGUAAACAGAAGUAA